CGUAUAUGAAACAUUUCACUAUAAAAAUUACCACUGUACUACGUAGUAUUUUUAUUAAAUCCGUCAAAGCGCGACUAUUGGUUUACAAAUUACAUGUAAGUACUUACGUUUUUGUACGAUACCUAAAUAUUCGACGAAUAAUGAUUUGUAUUUUGCAUUUGUCGUUUCAACAAUAUUUUAUUAAAUAUCAAAUUAGUUCUUUGCUAAAUAAAAAAAUAUCCAGCUACUUUGUACAACGUGAGAUGGUAGGGUUAAUUCACAUUUCCGCGAAAUUCAAAUCACGUUUUGUGAGCGUAUUUAUAAAGUUAAUUUAUCCAUUGGCAAAGCGCAUAUAAUAAGUCAUAACCCAUAAUAUCUGUCCCCGCCAGAAUGACAGCACAAAAUAAGCAAGCAAACCAAACAAUAGUUCAAUAGGUAGGUACCGUACACGAUUUUUGUUUCUCAAAUUAAAGUAAACGUGACUUACACAAUUACACCACUAUGGUUUUAAUGCCCGCAAUUGCAUAGGCAGGUAGGAUUUUUAUCAUAAAUUGAAAAUAAAUACGACAAUAUUUUUCACUACUUAUACUAUUGAAGGAGCGUACGUUUACUGUCGUAGUUAUUUUUUUUUCCAAAAAUAAUAUAAUCGAAUAACUAUAAUAUAUUUUCAAAAGUCGAAUUGAGGAUACGAUUAGGGUUCACGUACGAAAGGGUUAAAUAAAAUAUUUACGAACACACAAGUAGAACUAAUAUUAUACUGCGGUCUGCGAAAGACUUUAUAGUGAAAUUAUUAAUAACAUGUCUACGUCAUACGUUCAAUCUAUGUGAAAUAAGGAGCAGAAAAUUUUAAUUUAAACCUACCUACCUAUUUAUCGAUUUUCAAUUUUAAAUUUUAACAGUCCUCUGUAAUAGCUCCCUCUUUUAAAUCAAAUCUGAUUUGUAUUUAUAUUUGUUGAAUAAUUAUAUAAGGUCACGGAACUUUGAACUCAUGAUACUCGUUUAGUCUUCCAUAGAAUAAUCCUUACUAUAAAAAAUGUAAUAUUUAUUAAAAAAAAAACUAAUCUGUUGUAUACAUGAAAUAACCAUUUUUCCAAAGGCAUUGUAAUAAAUUGUAUAACACGUUUAAUAGGUAUAAUCAAUCAAUAUUUUAUUAUUAUACUUGACUAUUGUGUUGAUAGUAAUUCAUUGUCAAUACAAUAAUUUUAUAAUAUACACUACGACAUAUUUAGAAUAAUUAUAUCAAUAAAGGAUAUCAUAUUGAAUUUGAACAUUGUGCAAGGCAUUUUUCAAAGAGGUUUUCCGUGCCUACAUAAACACGCUGUGAAGUCCAUUGGACACUCAGUAGAGUUAGAUUUUUCUUAAAAACAAAUCAUCGAACUGGUCAUUUUUUAAAUAAAUAUUAUAUUUUGUAUAGAAAAUAGCCACACUGGGGGGGGGGGAAAUCCAAAAUUUAAGGAGGCGGUUUAAUUUUUAGAGCUUUUUUUAAACGAGGCCGACGAUGAUAUAUAUAAUGUGUAAUUGAUAAAAAAAAAUACAUCAAUGUUUAAUUUUGUAAGCAAUUUGCAAUUCAAUUUACCCUAUAAUAAAUCAUAGAAAAUAUGAUUUUCAUCUAUUUUAUCAAAUAACUGUAUUAUUAAUAAUAUAUUUGUUUAGGUAAUAAAUUAACUUCCGUUAUAUUAUUAUAGUGCAGGUUCCGACGAGUCUCGUUUUGAACAAGAAAACGUGUUCCGAUUUGUUUGAUAUAAUAUUAACUAUAUUUGUACUAACACAUUUUUGAUUUUUUUUUUUUAAUUUAAUGUAAAAAAAACCCCAAAAAGGAAUUUAUUAAAUAAUAUAUUUUUGUAAAGAAAAAAAUGAAAGGAAGAUAUAUUUCCUUAAUAGCCCCCCCCACCCCCGCUAAAUAAGUCACUAAAUAUACACACCUAACACAUUAUAUUAUAAUAUUAUCUGUAAUAAUAAUUAUUCGCGAUUGUUUACUUUUUCAGGAAUGUUUUAUCGCGGGAUGACAGCGAAAAUUGAACACUAAAAAAUAUAAAUAUAAAAUAUGACUUAUAUUUCACUAUUUAACAACAUUGUAAAAUCGUUCAAGGUGCACGUUGAUAAGCCCGUGAUCGACGAUUUUAUAUUCCGAUGUCACUACAAAUUAACGACUAACAUUUUAUUUAUGUUUUGUAUAUUAAUAACGUCGAUCAACUUAAUAGGUUAGUUUUAUCAAUAAUUCUAUAAAAUUAAUAAUUAGGUAUCCAAAUGUCCCAUUCAACUACAUUUUAGGAGGCGGGCGGAGAAUGUCUUAGCAGUUUAUACUUCCCCCGAGCAAACAAAAUAAGAUCGUUUUAAUGUCGUAUCAUACAUGCGAUGAGUAUAAUAACUAACAUAACCAGAGAUUGAAUUUUGAAUUUUGCAUUUUUCACCUUGAUAUUUUCUUAGUUAUAAAAACUCAGUAUUAUAAUAUCAUACGCUACAAUAGUUAAAAAUAAUAGAUACAAUUUAUUUUGCAUUUUUCGACGUUUUCCACUAAAAAAAAACGUUUUUCCGUGUUCAAAUAUUUGUUUAUAUUACCUAUGAGUAAUGUGUCUUAAAUGUUAGAUUUCAAAGAAUGCUUUUAAUAAUAUCUUGAUUAUUAUUAGUACCCGAACAGGUUUUGUUUUUGAUCAGGCACGUACGCAAGGGGUGUUUUGGGUGUUUAAACAUCCCCCGAAGUAUUUAGUUUAACCUAACCUGAUCUUUCAUAUGUUAAAUUAUAAAAAAAAGAUCUAAUUUUCAACAACAAAUUUUAAAAAAUACCCUCCCAAAAAAAAAAAAUUUUUUUCCGCGUGUUUUAUCAUUGAACUUAAUUUGAAUAAAUAAUAUGUAUAAUACAUACAAUUUAUUUUUCAAUACAUAUUUAUUUACGAGUUAAUAACCAUUUUAAUAUUUUUUUUUUUUACUUUAUUAUUUUAUUAAAUUUUAAAUUAUCAUUAAUAUCUUUGAACGCGGGUAUACAAUCCGUGUGUUCCUAAAUUCAACUGUGAUAUGAAGCGGUGUUAUCGCGAUAAUCGUUAGUUUUUAAAACAGAUAUCUUUGAUCACACAGGCGGUAAGAUAGAUUUGUUAUUAUUUUUUUAUGCCGAUUAUCACAGGUGAUUAUUUUCAUAAAAUAAGUCCCGAUAACAUUACUUAUUUAUUAACAACUGUGACAGUUCCACCCACGAACUAAUUGGUGGUUCCACCAUAAAUACCGAAAAUGAUGUUCCUUUAUUUUUUUACGGUAUCAUCAGUAAUGGUGUCACAAAAUAAUUAAAAAAAUAAUAUUUAUCUUAGUAUUAAUACGUAUUUGAAGUAUUUAUUACAAUAUAAACCAUAUUUUAUUAUAAAAAUUUCUAAAGUAUUCCGAGGGGUUAUAUUUUACCCGAAAAUAUUUAAUCGGACAGUAUUUGAGCCGACAGAUAAAUAAUCCGAACCAGAUUCUAUACGAACCGUAUUUCAAGCCGUAUGACACAUAUUUCACCCAAACUGUGCCUAAGCCGAUACAUAUUUCGCCCAAACCGUAUUUGGGCCGACAGUAGUUUAUCUGAACCGUAUUUAGGGCCGAUAAUUUCAGCUCAAAUACAGUUCGGAUUAAAUACUGUCGGUUUAAAUACGGUUCGGAUAGAAUACGUGUCGGCUAUAAUACGAUUCGGACGAAAUAUAUGUCUGCUAAAAUACGAUCGGGCAAAAUAUGUUUCAGCUGAAAUAUUUUCGACUUUUUUACGCGCUCCCAAGUAUACUAGAUUGUAAACAUGAACCCUCAUUGACACUCAUUAUUUCGGAAAGCGUUCACUUUUUUCGGAAUUUGAUUUAGAAUAUUUAAGAAACACUUAACUCAAAAACGUUACAUUACCGUCAUUUUUUGUCGCUCUUAUUUGUAAAGGCGACUACCCGCUUUCAAAUAAAACCUGAGAAUGUAAAAAAAAUACAUAAAUAGUUGAAGUUUAAAUAUAGUUAUUAUUUUCAUGUUCGAAUUUUAUCUAUUUAUGGACAUUAUUUUUUUUUAAAGAUUGCUAUUUGAAAAUCGAAAGAGAACAUUGGUUUCACCCUGCAAAAAUACGGGUGACGAAAAAAAAAUAAACGGAAAUAUAACAUAUAAUUAAAAAAUUCUACAGAACGAAUUCCGAUGAAAGUUAAUACUUUUCGAGAUAAUGAGUUUCCUACGUCGUGUUGAUCACUCUGUAUAAUAGGUACACUAAUUUUACGAUUGAUAUAAUACGAUUAAUACCUAUGUUGUGCCAGAGUAAGGAAGUACUUGACAGUAAUGUAUUAAUUAUUUAUCUGAGUUUAUGAAAUUACAUAACAGUGUGAUAAAAUAUAAUAAAUAAUAAUUAUAAUUUUAUGCGCAUACGUAAAAUAGUAUAUAAAUUAUGUUCGAAUAAAUUUACGGCAUACACUAUGUAAUAUAAUAUGGCUGUAUACAAUUAUUAUUUAUUAAUCCAUUCAUCGUAAAGUUAACCAUAUUUUAUUCACACCAUAAUAUAUUGUGGGUUUUGUAAGAUGACGGUUUGUUAAAGGUUUUUUAAAUUUUGUAUACAUUAUUUACGAUGUGCAAUGCAAUUUAACGCGGUAUGGUUACUUAAUUAAACAAUCGCGAUAUUUCAUUCACCUUGUGAAAAGAACUAUAAUAACGUUAUUAUAAUAUUAUGAAUCAUACUUUUGUCGAGUACAAUUAAUAUUAGAAGAUUGUUAAAUUCGUGUCAAAAUGUGUACAAUUCUUCUUCAUUUUGGCUAAUAAGACCAUCGCCGUCACACAUACGGUUCUCCAACCUUUACUAUCAAUCGCUCGUGUUUUCCAAUCCGAUCUUUCAUUCAGUGCCUGCCUCCGCGUCAUUUUUAAUUACAUCCUCUCAUCUCAAACGGGGUUUCCCCAGUCGUCUACCAAUUCGAUUCUCAUCCAUAAUCAUAAGUAUAAAUUCUUUGAUUUUGGCUUCGUCACGCACGUCCCGUCCGCUCUAAUCUUCGGCUUUUGAUUACCUUUAACGCGUUAUUUUUCCGAAAAAGCCAUUCCAAUUCAUUAUUCAUUCUCUCUCUCCCUCUCCACUCACUCGUUUCUUCGCCCUUCACGGGUCCAACAAUUUGAAUCACUGAAUAUUUAUUUUAGAUUAUUAUGUGAUUCGCUUGUGAUCAAAACAAAUAUCACGGUGAAUAAAAUACAUAAAAGUGGAAAAAAAAAAACAAAACAAACAAAGUGUUUAUACAGGUUCGAAGUUUAUUCGAUUACGAUAGCGAGUUUAACGAACCGCAACAUAAUAAAGGAUUUCGUUAAAAAAAAAAAAAAGAAGAAGAAGGUCUUCAAGAAACAUCCAUUAAUUUCAACGGAAAUUUUCAAAAUACACAAUAUUAAUUUUCUAUCGUCUUCUAAAAACUGUUUUCGGUCGAUUUCAUUUUUCAAAUUAAAUUAAUGCACGAUCAUUCUCUAUACGUACAAUAAGUACUAUUGUUUUUUAACAUUAAAUAUCAUUUUGGUCACGUGACAUAUUUGUACGAAUUUUAAAUACAUAAAAAGUUUGACCACAUCAGUAAUCUGAUGUCAGUAUAUACUUAUAUAAUAUACAAACUAUAAAAGAGAGAUUACACGGAAUUUUAGUUUAUACUUUUAUUCGUUUCCUAAAAAGUCGUUUGAUUUAUCGUUUCUUUGUCUAGGUAAUUUUAUUUUCACCGGGUAAACAUUAUUAUUGUAACUUGCGUAAAAUAUUAUUUUAAUGGACGGCUUUGUAAUAAACAAAAUAAUACAUAAAUCUAGACUUUACGUUUUCAAUUUAUUAUAAAAAAAAAAUUUUUUUUUUCUUACAAAAAUAUCAAUAUUUAUUAACGAUACUAUCUAACGAAUAAACAGUGCUUGUAAAAUGUUAAGAUAUAUACACCAACAAGUAGAUUUGUUCUCUUGUAUAUACGACGACGUAAUGAAAUGUUUAUUUUAUUUCUUCAUAAAGGAAAACCAAUAGAAUGUAUCACCAAUUUGUCGAAAAAUGACGAAGUGCAAAAGGUCAUAAAUACUUAUUGUUUGAUAUCAAGUUUGUAUACGUACGAGAACAAACUAGAUUUUCGUCAAACCAACGAACGAAAUAUUCGAUUCCAUUCUUACUAUCAAUGGGUACCGUUUAUGUUUUUCCUCCAAGCUGUUACGUUUUAUGUGCCGCAUUGGAUAUGGAAAAUGUGGGAAGGAGGAAAAAUACGCAUGCUCACCGAAGAUAUGCGCGGAUUUUAUGUGGAUACCGUCAAGGACAGGCUUGCGAAACAAAGUCGAUUGGUUAGUAUUUAUAUUUCAGACAAGACAUUAUAUUUUAUUGUACCGUUCAAAUGGUAUAUAAAAUCGAUUUUCGAUUUUAUACAAUUUUUUUUCAAAUAGUACUUUUACUAAAACCUAUUUACUGAAUUUUAGUGAAUUGAAAAAAGUACAUUAGGAGGUACCUACACUUAAAAUAUCCGAGGAAUUAUUUUAUGCGACAUAAAAUACUCUACAUAUUUGAUCCCAGGGAAGAAGGCCUCCAUCAAUUGAAAAAAAAAAAAAAAAUGUUUUUAAAUAAUUUUGUUCCCUUAAUUUUUUUUACCUAAAUGAUAUGAUUGUAUUCUAACGUAUUUAAACUAAAAACGAAUACGUCUUAUUCACUAUAAUGUAGAUACAUUUUGUUGGACAAAAGAGGCUUAAGUCAUAAAAUUAUAUAACUUAAGUAAUUUAUAAAAGGGUCAUUUAUGUUAGGUCAUUGGGACAAUUUAACUGUUAUUCCAUUAUGCUACUUAGCAAUUAUCAACGUUUAAUUUGCUUGUAUUGAAAAUUUUAUACAAAAUCGAUUUAAAUCAAUUGCAUCUUAUUUCUUCCCUGUGGGCCCAAAGGUAUUAUUCCAUAUUUGUUAGCAUUUUGAAUUCUAUUUAUUCGCGUUAAAAAUAAUAUUACUUUUAUCAAUAAUCAUAAUAUCGCAUAAUUUUUUUUCGGCGAUGGUCCAAUCAAGACCUUUAUAGAAAUCGUCUACAUAGAUUAUUGUUAUCACGACGGUAUUUUUUUAUUUUAUUUUUACGGAAUUAAUUCCAUUUAAAAUAUAAUUUUAUUACAAACCAACAUAAUAUGUUGACAUUAUUAUAACUUGUUAUUAUAAUUAUUAGAUACAAUAUAAGAAGAAUUUAUAAAAUGUUAAAAACAACACACUAAUAGCUGUUCUAAUAUCGCUGUGUUACAAAAACACAAACAGGUUGGCAUUGAAAAAUAGAUAGAAAACAGAAAGGUUCUAACUGAAUAAUACAAUAAUCAUAGGUAAAGUUGAAUAAAAUGUAAAACAUAUUAAAAACGUUAUAUAACUACAGAUGCUAUAAAUACUGUCUUAAUAUCACCCACUGGUGAUGUGGGCCAUGUUAAAAAAAAACUCGCACGAAUCGCACGUAUACCAAAUCAUUCAAUAACAACGGAUUAAGUUUUUAUUUGAUUCGCUCGUUGUUAUUUAUGAUAUCGUUAGUUCCAUCGUAAAACACUAUAACAUAAUUGCUUCUUAUGAAUAAUAAUAAUAAUUAUACACAAUAAUAUUUUCGCUAUAGACGACAUAGAAAAUUGUCAUAUCCUGUAGAUGGUGUAUCGUACGAAUAUUCAAUUCAUAAUAAUCAAUACUAUUUUUAUCGAAUGCAAUUUAUCGACCCCGUUUAUCGUUAAAAUAUAGACUGAGCGAUUCAUUAAGCAUGCCCGCCCCAUUGUUAGGAGUACAUUUUGUAUAUAUGAACAAUGAACAUUCUGAUUUUGGUAAUUUUGAAGUAUAUUUAAAGACGAUAUUGUCUUAUACUGUAUUCAGUUGGCGAUACCAACUUUGAUUUUUCAAACGAGAACCUAUAUUAAAAAUUCCAUAAAUAGAAGGAAUAUUAGAUAAAAUAAAUUUUAACACUAUUCGAACACCGGGCACCGUGCGGCUACACAAAAUAUGCUCCACUACUUCCCCCCCCUUAAACUUAAAGCGGAAUGUCUCGUAAACGAGUGGACCGAAAUCAAACAUUUCAACAGCAAAAUGUAUUGUAUUUUAUAUUCCAGCUAUGGAUGGAAUUGUUAAUACAAGUUCUCAUUUGAAAAAUCAAAGUUAUUAUCGCCAACCGGAUUAUACUCCUUAAAUGUUAUAAAAAAUCUAUGUAUAAGAAAAUAUCGUCGUUAAUUAUAUUUAAACAUUCCCAAAAUCAGAAUUUUAAUAUCUACAUAAUUUACCCCUAAAAAUAGAAUAUACUUAAUGAAUCACCCUGUAUAUAUCAUAAUACGCCUACAAAAAAAAAAAUACGUAUGUUUUUGAGCCGUUUUCAAAAUCCGUCACGAAUCUGACAUGCACCUAUAAUUUUCAUAGAAAGUCUCGAGACGAUUAUUUUUCACUCUUAGUACGAAUAGUGACAUCAACCUCGCGGAACGUUGCGACGAGUGUUAAAUACUCGAAUUUAAUUGAUCAGCACGUGCGAGUAUUUCAAAGAAUAAUGUUGUCUAAUGUUUUUUUUUUUUUUUUUUUUACGUAUUAUGUGUUGCGGUUUAAAACAAUUAGGUCAUACCUAUCAUCUAUGUAAAACAAUUCAAAUAAUCAUUUUUAACAUUAUUAGCAUAAACUGUGUAAGACGGUAAUAUAAUGAAUCAGACGACGAGCGCCUAGUAUAACACAAAAGUUGCAAACACUAUAAGAUUCUGAACGUGUAGCGAGAAAUAUAUUGGUUUUACUUUAUGACGUGUUCUUUAUUUUUUCUUUGCCUGAGAACAACCCUUGACAACCAAAUGUCUAACUCCGAUCGAAAAUUUACAAAUGAGCUAUUCUCAUAGCAUUUUCCAUCUAGUUGGUGCAUCGAGGAGGAUAUUCGUUAAAUUGUUCAAGCGGUUUUCAUAAUAAUCGCGAAAACCGGAAUGAAACUCAAGUAUAGGAAAAACUGAAAAAUGUACGCUAGCAAAAGUUUCAUUGUUUUCGAUUUAUUCGAUACCACCCCGGUACGCGUUCCGAAUCUAAAAGGUCUUGAGACUAACGGGACAAAAACUGCAUAGUUCAGUACGGGCCAAUGGCAUGGGCGGACCAAGCGUUUUUCGUUGAAAUAUUUUCAAUAAAAUACAUACUGCGGCAACGUGAUUGCAGGUGUAACCCGUAUACGGGCACAACAUAACAAUCACCGGGAAAUCAUGUAAAAAUUGUUGUUUUUUGAAUUUUUUUUUUCUUUUUAAAAAUUUCACGCGUUAAAAUAUUCGCUUGAUACCAGCAGUGCCAGCGUCCAACCGAACACAUAUUUCUUUCGGGGUAAACAAAUAUUUCGAGUGACAAAAAUAAAUUAAUUCCGAGAUAAUAUCUCUCCAACGGCUAUGGAGAACGAUCGUUUUUCGGAAUUGUCGUUUAUAUCGGCGUAUCAAUUGACCACCGAUCAAUCAAAUGCCGAAACGUCCGUAUAACUCGUUAUAUUUUGAAUUACAAUCGAUAAUCGAUAGUCGACAGGAAUUAAUUGGCUAAUCAAUUAACACAACGUUCGGGCGUAACGCGCGACAAUGCAAGCGGCAAUACCGUCGGCAUCGGCACAGUACGCAAAAACGCAUUUUGUUAAUUCCGUAUUUUCGUUUCGUCUGAACAACUCUCGGAAAUCGUCCCCCGCCCCUGCCCCCCUCCGGGGCGUUUUGUGCCCGUUCGCGGCUGACCCCGUUCGGUUAUUGCAUUGCAUGUUACAUAAUAUCGGGUGUUUUUAUUUAUUUUUUUUUUUUUAUUCCAACUACAGGCGCAGUAUUUCGUCGAGAGCAUCCACACGCACAGUACGUACGCGUACGGUUACGUCGCGUGCGAGGUGUACAACGCGGUCAACGUGAUCGCCAACAUUUACGUUACCAACAAGUUCCUGGGCGCGUCAUUCAUGACGUACGGAACGGACGUGUUGGAACACUACCGCAACCGCGACGACCGCCCGGUCAACCCCAUGGACGCCGUAUUCCCGCGGCUGACGAAAUGCGAUUUUUUCAAGUACGGGCCGUCCGGCACCGUCCAGAACGUCGACGCCAUGUGCGUGCUCGGCCAAAACGUCUUGAACGAUAAGCUUUAUCUGUUCUUGUGGGUAUGGUUUUUCGGGCUCGCGGCCGUAUCCGCGGUGGGGUUGCUCUACAGGUUCGCCGUUAUCGUACAGACCGCCGCGAACACGACCGCGGCGCCGUUCGGCCGCCCGUUCGAGUUCGCAAACAGCAAUAAAAAAUGUACGUCGGCGCUUUUGAUGGCCAAGUUUCGAGUACGUACAUAAUGCAAUACAAUUACCGAUCUAUUUGUUUUCGAUAAUAUUAAAUGUACGAAAUAAUCUCGAAAUAUUUACCUAGGACAUAAUUAGCUAGUUAGUAUACGUAUUAUACGGGCUGAGAUAACUCGGGGUUUUUUUUUUUUCCUCGUUGUUAUUGCGUCUAUUAUGCAUAUUCGUACAGUAGCAAAUUAAACAUUGUAGCGUUAUAGGUAAUAAAAAAAAAAAAAAACACUUCAAAAAUGGUUGUAACACAUUAGAUAGGUACUCACAGUGUUCGGAUAAUAUUUUAGGCGAGCACGUAGAUUGGGGGAGAGGGGGGAGAUAACGGUUCAAUCCUAACCCUCCCGAAAUUUAAAAAACGCAUCAUUAUAUACUAGAUAUCUAUGUAAUUCAAAAUGUUUACUUUUUUUACUUAAUGCACCUUCCCGCCUACCCGAAACGGUUUUCUGGACGCGAAAUGGAGAAAAGCUCGACGAUUUGGCUUUUUAUGGUUCCGUCUAAAUUGAUACAUUUAAUGUACGGGAAGGGCGAUCACGAGUGAGGUCUUUAUGUUGCGGAUUGCCUAUUAUUGUCGGCGAUAGUCGAAUAGGAAAUCGAUUUUUGUUGCGCACACCAUACGCACAUCGACAUCAUCAAAACGUUCAGUUAAACUUGUUUUUAAUUUUUACCGAAAAUAAUGACCGUUUGUUGAGAUCUAGAGUGAAACCGCGUAAUCCGUUCAAAUGUCACCGUUUUAUUUUUCCGCAAUCGUGGUUGCAGUAUAGUGGGUGUAUUAUAGUUUUGUACAAGUAAUUUUUUAAAAUAAUAUAUUCGAUUAUUUAUUGUUUAUCAGAGAAUAUUUCUACAAAAUACAAAAUAGGAAAAUUCGAACAGUUUUUUUUUUUUUUUUAUUAGUAUAAUAAAUAUCUAAUCAAUUAUAAUAUUGGAUAAAAGACUGAAAAAUGAUUUCCCAUUAAGUGGACGUGAUACCCGCAUGCACAUCUUACGAGCGACAUAAAAUUAGCAAAUUUUGAUAUUUCGCGUAAUCAUAUCUAUCUCGAAAAUUGAAAUAAAGAAAAACAAUCAGCGCCAACGUUGCACAGAUAAUGUGCUUGUCGUUCGUUAAUAGGUCAAGUCACUCUUCAAAUAUCGGAAAUCAACAGCACAAUAUCAUUGUCCUCCCUGCUGAACGUGAAUUUCCUACGUUGUACGACCAUCGUCGGAUGGAGACGAAACAUGCGAGUACCGAGUUUUAUUGGCUUUAUAUGAAAAAAGGACGAGCGGCGGGCGCAGAUUUUAUAAACCAACUCCGUCAAGUAAACAAAAUCGAACAAACACAAUUGUUUACAAUAAACAAACAAAAUUUUACCAGUGUCGUUAUUAGUAUACCGACAGUCCACCCGCGCCCGACGUUUCCCGUGCCAAUUUGUAUUAUUAUUGUUUUACCCGAAUUAAUUGUUUGUUUUGGCCGCGUGAAAACAAAUUGGUGGAAAGUGGGAGGGGGGGUAGUCCGCUAAAUGUGUUCAAUUGUGAAAUUUGAAUAGUGUGAAUAAUAGUACUGAUGAUUAUUAUAAUGGUUUUCUUUUCCGCGGCAACCCUCGAAUAAACAAAAACAUUAAAUAAAACAAAGUCCGGUUAGUCACGCCAUUUUUAACUCAAGAACCGCUGGACCGAUUUUUAUGAUCACAUGAUAUUUUCCGACCGAUUUCUAAUAAUAAUAAUUAAUCUCCAUUUUUUUUUCCAUCCCUGUUACCGGGGUAACACAAAUCAACAAAAUAAAAUUGUAUUUAUUAUAUUUUAAGCUAAAUUAUUUGGUGUCGCUCGUGUACGUAUAUACACGUGCGAAAACACUAAAACCGCGAUUAAAAAAUAGCGGGUGGGUAUAGGAGGGCGGAAAACACUUUACGACCCACCGAAAAUACACGAGAGAAAUUGCAUUAUUAAAACCGGCCAUGCCACCGUUUCGGAGGGGCGCGACCGCAAAACACUUUUCAAUUUUAUGUACAAGAUUAACACUGGAGUGUCGAAAACUACGCGCUACUCCGCUACUAUAGGUGCCAAAAAACUCGGAACUGUCCGACCGUCCGUUUGCUAGUACGCGAAUAUGCGGCUGUUGACAUGCAGAGAUAUAUUAGUCAUACGGUUCUAUUGAAUAUAUUAUGGAUUCAUGCCAGUCAACAGGCCCUAAUUUACCCGUGCGAUAAUAUUAAAAAAAUUAUGAUGUAUAAAAUAAUAUACAUCAUAUGUUUAAUGCGUGACAAAUGAUAACUGAACUGGCGUGCGUUCUCCUGCAAUAACACUAAAGAAACUCGAUUCUUCCAUCAUUACUGGCAAUCGUGAUUAAUUAUUACAAAAAAAAUUAACGUUUAAAGACAUUAAUGUAAUAAUAAUGUGUCGGUUUUUAAUGGUUGCUGACUGUUGCUUGUUUUUAAUUUUUACACAUUUUUUUUUUUUCUAUCAUUAUUAUUUUAAAAAGAGCCCCCCCCACGCAAUAAACAGUGCGCGGAGCCUUUAUUUCUUUAGAUCGGGUCGUGCCAGCCAAUAUUGAAAAAUAUGCGCCAACGUAUUAUUAUUACAAAUGCCUACUUUGAGAAUUUAAAUAAUAUCCCGUCAACCCCGUUCCUACAGACGACAUUACGCGAUAUCGGAUUUAUUUAGAUUUUUACACGCGAGCGUGUUGUGUUUUGUGUAUGGCACAGAACUGUACUAAAGCGGCGGCCUUUUUGCACGUGAGAGUUUUGACCGCGCGAUUGAAUGGCGGCGAGGGCUCUCCGAAAACGGCCUCUGGACAACGGAUCUUGCGGGAUUCAAACGCGUUCAAAACUCGAAAGGCUUAUGGUGGUGGUGGUGGGGGGGGGUGAACCUCUUGCGCGUGGUGAACCGUUUCAUUGUUCUUGUGACGACGCGGCGUUCGGUCGCCGCGGAUCGCGAUCAUCGUAAUGAUUAAUUAUAUUUUAAUAAUUACUCGCGUCGUUAACGGAAUAUUAUUUCCGAAUACCAAAGCUAAAACUAAAAAAAGCUCAUCAUUUUCAACGAUAGUAAUGAUUUAUUUAAAAAAUCAAAAUUAAAUAUAUUCCAAGAUUAAAAAUAUCACGAUUACGUUGUACGAUUAUCAUUAUAUUGUCGUACGAUUAUACGACACCACGCGACUACCACGCAGCCGCUGAAACGCUACAAACGCCUCCGAAAAAACUGUUGGUACGUUCCGCGCGCCACGCGUUCGCUGAAAAUUGACAGUCGCGCUUUAGACGGACGUUUUUGAACGAAUGGCGAACGGAAAGAAGGAAAGCGCGCGCGCGCGGAUAGAAUUCCCGCAGCAACUUUACUACCAGUUUCCGCGCGCGGUCGAGUCCUCCUCGCUCAGGUCUGCACGUUGCCGGAGCGGAGGAGGAGAGAUUCCGCGUGUAAAUGCUGCUCUUCGCGGUUCAUUGUUCGAAACGCGCGCAGGAAUACGCGGGAAAUUCGCGCGCUCGCGGAGCGGCCACUCCCGAGUUGUUCGCGUUACUUAUCCGACGACCGUCGACGCACAAUUUCAAGACGAUAACGUAGGCGUGCUCGUAGAAAACACGGUCGGCCGUCAUGCGCAAAUGACGCGUCGCUUAUCUUCUACUUCCACUUCGAGUUGUCCCCCUUCGCCCGCGACCGGGUAAUAAACCCGCAACCGUAACCGUACACGGGUAUCGCCCGGUCGCCGACACAACGCGUCGUUUUCCCGGAGUCGUAUUUUUAUAACACGGGUAGGCACCGCGGUUAUCCGCCGGUUAGAUAACCGGUGUAAUGUGUACAAUUAAUCACGCGACGUCCUAGAAAUCCGCACGGAGCGUAUCGCGGAGAUACCGAGAACAAUAACAAUUGACGGCGGGCCGUCGACAGGCCGCGUUGCGCAUUCCCACUCGGUUUCGAAAUAUUUACCUAGCGGCCGUACACGGGUGCCGGUGUCCUCUAGAGAAUAAUAUUCGGAUAGUCGGACUGCCCGCGAACCGUUCGGAACACGCGUUUUAUAGCCGAAAAUAGCGCGUCUUGCGAACGUUCGGCUGAACAAUAAUUUAUCUACAACACGUGUUUGAAUUAUUAUCUUGUGUAAUAAAAAUUUAACUAGAUAAAAAUAUGCUAUUUUUUUUUUUUCUAAAUGAAUACCAAACCACUCGUGUUGAGUGGUUAGUUGUGUGUUAAAUUGUCCUUAACCGACUACAAUAACUAAACAGUCGGGUAAAGUGUUACGACACCUACAUUAAUAUAUAAUAUUAUAUACGGAUUUCUAAAAUUAAUAUUAACGUAUCACACCGCCCGUGCACGCGGAUUCCGUGCGUGUACAUUGUGCACUCGCAAUAUUGUAAUAUUGUAAACCCCGACACUUCCAGUCUAUACGUAGUAAAGUAUUUCCGGGAGGGUUUCGUGGAAAAGAAAAAAAACCUCGCGAGUUUCUAGUCGUCUGGUGCGACGAACGAUUCGGCAGUUUUUUUUUUUUUGUAUUUUUGAACGUUUUAUUUUCUUAUAAACAGUAUGAACCAUGCGAAAAAUAUAAAAUAAUUUUGCGUGCAAAGCACGCAAAAUGUAACAGUUGGCACGAGUACAUACUCUCUCAUAACCACUGGUUACGAUCCGGUUACUUAGAGCGACCCAUACACGAUCAAUAUUUAUCGACCGAUAUCAUUGUCAAAUUACUGACGAACAUUGACGAUGACCGCGGACGUGUCAAUAUUAUCGAUCAAUUUACUAUCAUUAUCGAGUCGCCUGGUCCGUAAUCACAGCGCGUCAACAAAAAUCAAAAAUGUUUAAUUUGUGUUUAAUAUAAUGACAAUACACGAUCGAUAUUUGAUAUUGAUCAAUAGUAUUACUGAUCGUGUAUGGGAGGGGGGGGGUGGGCGAAACAAACAAAUACAAUUUAAAACAACGAUAAUAACUGUUACGGGGAUUUUCAGAUGGGCGAUUCGAUGCUGUUCGCAUUCGUACGGAAAAACGUGAACGGCAUACAGUUCGAGGAAAUCGCGGAGGAAAUAUGCUCGAGACUCGACGACGGAAAAACGUCGGAACCCGGCAGCCAUUGUCACGGCUAUGUCGACGGUCCCGAACUCGGUCGAGCUCUGUCGAUUCCGGUGUAAAAACAGCGAAACGUCAGUAAUACGCGUUACCCGUAAACCGGAACUCGUGCGGGAACAGAAAAAAAAAAAAAAAACACCCCGUCAACCGCAUACCCAAAUCGAUAUGACCGACGUGAGUUUUCACAGUUCCCAAGCACAAACAUUUUCUACUAUUUAUUUUAUUAUUUUUUUUUUUUUUUUUUUUGUUUUCUACCCGUCAACAAAACAAUGUGAUUCCGAUACCUAUACACUGCACAAUAAAAUAUAUCAAACAAUAACAACAGAUUUAAAACGUUAUUAAUUAAUCGACAUUCGCGGUAUAAUUUCCGUACAUAUUUGAAACGCGGCCCGGCGUCCACUGACCGGUUUUUGUCGCGCGUCAAAACGAAUAACAGAUCGUCUCCACCACCUUCGUCCCAACGACCAUUUGACCCGAUCUCCCGCCUCCCAUACACCGGCUGUACCCACGUUAUUCACGAUCGCGUUAUCCUUUCCGCCCACGUUCCAGGACAAUUUUUACCGCCUCAGAAUCCUCUCACCCCGUGACGUGCCCAAACAAACCACCUCGGUCGGUCUAUUUUCUCCGCCAACGAAGCCGCGCCCAAGCAACCUCUCGUCCUCGACUCGUUCCUUAUCCGAUCUUCUCUCGUCACUCCGCUCGUCCGCCCAAGCAUCCUCAUCACCGCUACACCCGUUCUCUGUUCGAUUUUUUCUGCCUGCCGCCGUCCCCCCACCCUCCAACACUCCGGACCAUACGAGAUUGCCGGUCUCGCCACAAUUUUGUACGUAACUUAACCUGAAGUCCCAUUGGAAUUCUCUAUUCGCGUAAAAGACCCCCGGACGCUUCUCGCCGCUCUAUCCAACCACACCGUUUCGACGUCCUCGUGAAAGCCGCCGUUAUUUUGUACAAAUACCCUAGGGUACUUAAAACUCUCGACUUCGCCCAUGACCGCUUACUGCCUGUCCGCUGUCUCGCUCCGUUCCUUCGCGCCCACACCCCGUUUCACGACGGAUAACAGACACGCACUUUUACGUAACAGCGCCUGCUCUCCGCGGACCCGUACUCGAGCCGGGCCGGCUUAAUUAUAUUGUACGGUUAGGUAUUCCGCGGGUAAAACGCGUGCGGCCCGCGGCGACCGUGUAACACGCAGACCGAUAAUUAUCGUGGUUUUAAACGCGUCCGUGUAACGACGUCCGAUCGGGUUUUCAACGGAACACUCGGCUCUACCCAACGCACAAAUAUCGGCGGCGCGCGAAUAGAAAAUAUAAAACUACGGUAGGUUAGGUCGUGUGGUUGGUAAUUUGUUUUAUUUUUCCCCCCGUACUGGCCGGUAUGAAAUUUCAAUAUUGAAUAGGUAACGCAACGACAAUGAUGAAAAAACAAAAAAAAAAACAACCGAAUUACUCACCCGGGAGCCGAAUGCCGAACGGAGAUCUGGAGACUGUUCGCCGGUCCGGCGCGGGCGCGCGCCAGUGGAAAUGCCGGAAAUGCUCGGGCGCGGUGUUUAGCGUCCGCCGGAACACCAGAACACGACAGUAUUGUUCGCAAAACUGACGCGGGCAAAAUGAUAUUGCUGUGAUCCGCGCGUUACCGCCGCCGCCGGAAUGCAGCGAAAUUCCCGCAGGGUGUCUAUAAUUACAACGCGCAGGCACGGGUAAUACGAGUUUCGACUACGGAUCUCCCACGGUUCAUCCGUUCAUUCGUUAUCUCUAGACGGGCGGCGGUCCGCCGAAACGCCGAUAAGUCCGCACAACGGGAACGAUAAGAUAACAAGCGAUUUAAUAACCGUCGCUCGGCGUUAUUUUUGUUUCCGCCGACGAUCGUUCGUCCCGGACAACGGAUAACGACGUCAUUCGUUGUGUCCGCGGUGGAUAUUUCGUUCGGGGUGUUAUCGCGCCCGGCGUACGCCGGCGGAAUUGAAAAUCCGAAAACGAUCCCGGACUCCGCGGAAAUGCAGAAUACAGAAUGUAACACGGCCGGAACUCGGAAGUGACGAUCGCGAUGUAAACAAAAACGCGACGGCCGUCUUUCCGAACAUUUACACGCCGGGAUAGAUGACGCGAUUCCACUGUAUAAUGUUUAUAAUAUGGUGAAAACAUUUAUUUAUUUUUUAUUUUUAUUUGUUCAAAAUCAGCACCCCCAGUCGGCUUUUUCAUAGUAACCAAUGAAUAUUUUAACCACGUAAUUCGUAAGUAAUGACAACGCAUCGGAACAAAAUGCAGAUUUCCCAUGCGCGUGCGUAUGAAAAAUAAUGUUAAAAUAGUUACGAUAAGUUUGUACAUACAAAACUGCAAAUGAAAUGUGUAGUCGCGUAAAGAGGUUUUGUGGGGGCGGACAUCCCCCACGGGUCUUUUAUGUGUCCAGAAUUUUAGCACCCUCAAAGAUGGUGGUCUAGUCGCGCGUUUUGUUACAUUUUGUUCGUGUUCAUGACCUCCGGCUCGUCACAUACGCAAUGAGGAGGAAUUCGAAGUAUUGGCUUGAAAUGACAACAACAUUGUAUUAAUUUUAUAUGUUGAAAUUACAUAUUUUUGCCAAAUUACAAAUGACAAAUUUUGAUUUAUUAAAUACAAUUUUUUUUUUUUUUUUGAUCCGUUAUUUAAAUUCUCGUUAUCGGCUUCCCACAGCACGUUAUUCGCUACCUUCUUGUGGAUUAUCGAUAAAUUUGACACACGAGUUAAAGAAAAUGUCAUUGUUAACAGAGAUAUUCUGUCGGUUAAAUCCAUGGAUUAAUAUUCAAGAAUCAAGUUCAAUGGUAAAAUGAACGGUUGAAUGGUUCCAAGGCUUAAUGCAUGGCUUAUUCCCCGCACUAGUGGCGUGCACUUCAGAUUUUGAUUCUCGUCCUACAACAGCGCACAUUGCGAUCGCGCGACAGAAAAAUAAAAAAAAAAAACUAACUAUUAUCUAUACUGUUAUUUUGUUAUGGUGUUUGAACGAUCUAUAAUACAUGAAUAACAGCAAUUAAAGCAACG